CAUUAGACUUGGUUCAAGAACUGAAGUAUAAUGGGCUGCAGAUGGACAGCGUGAUGUAUGGGACACUUUUGGCAGUUUUUGCUUCAAAUAAUCAAUGUGAAGAAGCAGAGAGUUAUUUUAACCAGAUGAGGAUGAAGGAAGGCAGAGGAAUUGGUGCAAGACAUGAAAUCUUUGGGGUUAGUACCAAAUAAGGUAAUACGGACAACUUUGUUAAAAGUGUAUGUUAGAGGAGGAUUGUUUGAAAAAUCCAGAGAGCUUUUACUUGAACUAGAAGCUUUGGGCUAUGCAGAAGAUGAGAUGCCCUACUGUUUGUUGAUGGAUGGUCUUGCCAAGGCUGGGAAUAUAAAUGAAGCAAGAUCAAUUUUUGAUGAAACGAAGGAAAAAGGUGUUAAAUCUGAUGGCUAUUCUCACAGUAUCAUGAUUUCAGCAUAUUGCCGAGGGGGGUUUUUUGAAGAGGCGAAGCAGUUGGCCAAGGAUUUUGAGGCCGAAUAUGACAAAUAUGACUUGGUUAUGUUAAACACAUUGCUCUGUGCCUACUGCAGAGCUGAUGACAUGGAAAGUGUGAUGCAAACAAUGAUGAAAAUGGAUGAAUUAAGAAUCAGUCCUAGUUAUACUACUUUCCAUAUCCUCAUAAAAUAUUUCUGCAAGCAAAAGCUGUAUCUCCUUGCUUACCGGACAAUGGAAGACAUGCAUAGGAAAGGGCACCAGCCACAGGAGGACAAUACUGAAUUGAUUUCGCAAGCUGCUAUAAAGAAGUUUGCAAAUGCAUUUAUGAAGCUCGGUAAUAUCAAUAUGAUAAAUGAUGUUAUGAAGGUUAUUCAUGGUUCUGGAUACAAGAUUGAUCAGGAACUAUUUCAGAUGGCUAUAUCACGUUAUAUUGAAAAUCCUGAAAAGAAGGACUUGCUUCUUCAAUUGCUGCAAUGGAUGCCAGGCCAAGGUUAUGCUGUUGAUUCCUCAACAAGAAACCUGAUUCUUAAGAACUCACACUUAUUUGGUCGCCAGCUCAUUGCUGAGAUCUUGUCCAGGCAGCAGAUGAUGUCCAAAGCCCUAAAAUCUCACUAGACAAAGGAUAUGUGAAUUUGAAACUAAAAGACUUCCAGAGUUGGUUAAAACCAGAUACUUGGUGUUUCUCUUGCUGGAAUUGAUGAUUCCAUCCCAAGGACUAUAAAAGGUUGGGAGACUCUUACUUCAUGAUCUCAUUGCCUAACAUAUCUCAAGUUAUUGACAGUUGGAGUUGCAGAAGGGAGCUGGGCUGAUGAGAUAUUGAAAGAAUUAAGAUUUCCCUGGGUUAUUAGCUGAAAAUGGUAGGGCUGCCCUAGGUUUAGCCAUUCAUACAUUUUCUUUGUGCUAUUUCCAUCUUUUUUUUUUGUAGAUGAAGGGUAUUUGUAACCAUUAUGUUUUGGAAGAUACAAUUGGGCAGCACAUUUCCUAUUAUAGAGGAGCUUGGAUAAUCUAUGAGGAAAACAGAUUGUUGUUGGAUCAUAUAUGUAUAUUAGCUGCUAAAUGAAAAUAAAGAUAGGCAUGUUGGAUCAAA